AUGUCCCUAGGUUCUGGCGAGAAAAGCCGCGAUUUUACUGCUGGGUCGUUCGUCUUCUUAGGUUUCUGUUCUUCGAAACCUGCUUUAGCGCUACCCACUGCAACAGUGAGCUCUCAAGCGGAGUUAGAAGACGAAGCAAUGUUCGAGAAGAUUCUGGAGAAGGAGCCGGAGAAUAUGGAGGCGAUGAAGGCUGUUCUGUAUAAGAAGAUGAGGAGAGGGAAAACUGAAGACGCUGUCAAGUAUGUUGAGAAGCCGAUGAAAUUAGAGCCGAGUGGAAGCGCUUUGCUAUGA